AUGUACCGAACAGUGAACUUGCAGGAGUCAAAGUUUAAAGAAACUGGAGUCAUCACUCCUGAAGAGUUUGUGGCAGCUGGAGACCAUUUAGUUCACCACUGUCCUACUUGGCAAUGGGCUUCAGGAGAAGAAUUAAAGGUCAAGGCUUAUCUGCCAACAGACAAGCAGUUUUUGGUAACUAAAAAUGUGCCAUGCUACAAGCGGUGUAAACAGAUGGAGUAUUCAGAUGAACUGGAAGCAAUCAUAGAAGAAGAUGAUGGUGAUGGGGGAUGGGUAGACACAUUUCACAAUGCAGGUAUUGCAGGCGGGACAGAAACAGUUAAGGAGAUCACACUGGAGAGCAAGGACAGUAUGAAACUACCAGGACAUCCAGCCUCUUGUGAAGAUGAUGAGGAAGAUGAAGGGGAAGCAGCUGACAUGGAAGAAUAUGAAGAGAGUGGGCUAUUGGAGACAGAUGACGCAACUCUUGAUACAAGAAAAAUAGCAGAAGCUAAAGCUGAUGUCGGAGGGGAAGAUGCCAUCCUGCAGACCAGAACUUAUGACCUCUACAUCACUUAUGACAAAUACUACCAAACUCCAAGGCUGUGGUUAUUUGGAUAUGAUGAGCAACGGCAGCCUUUAACGGUAGACUACAUGUAUGAAGAUAUUAGUCAAGAUCAUGUCAAAAAAACAGUAACAAUUGAAAAUCAUCCCCAUCUUCCUCCACCACCUAUGUGUUCAGUUCAUCCAUGCAGACAUGCAGAAGUGAUGAAGAAAAUAAUUGAAACAGUUGCAGAAGGCGGGGGAGAACUUGGAGUUCAUAUGUACCUUCUUAUUUUCUUGAAAUUUGUACAAGCGGUCAUUCCAACAAUAGAAUAUGACUACACAAGACACUUUACAAUGUAACUAGAAAUCACAAAUGUCUAUGCUAAUUACUGGUUCUGAUUUUUUUAAAAAAACAAAACAAAACCCUAUACAUGUGACUUUGUUUGUUCAGCAUUGUACACUGUUUCUGUAACAUUCAACUUUUAUCAAGUUUAUGCAUCAAAAUAAAAAGUUCCACUACCAGCCUUA